AUGGUAAAAAAAGAAUAUAUUUGUGGACAUACAAGUUGCAGAAAAAGGUGUAAAAAUAAUAGAGAUUUGGAUAAACAUUUAAAUACAAAACAUAUUCUUUGUAAAGAAGCAUGUGGUUUAGAACAUUCAAAACAGGUGGAAACUGGCUUUAAUUGUUUAGAUUGUGGAAAAAUUUUAUCAUCAAAACAAAGAUUAAACACUCAUAUAAUUUCAAAACAUGAACAACCCACUGAAGAACAAAAAACCAUCUCUUAA